GCGCGCUUCCGGCGGGGGAAGUCGCGUAAGGGCGGAAGGAGGACCGCCGGAGUGUGGCUAGCGUCUCGGGCUCGCGGCUGCCACCGCGGCGCUAUGAGGUUUCGGGCCAAGAUCGUGGAUUUGGGCUGCUUGAAUCACUUCACCCGUGAGCGGCUCGCGCGCGCGGGGUGUCAGCAACACCAUCUCUAAGCUGGCCAAGACGUGCACGCUGCGCCUCAGCCCCGACAAACUCUACUUCAUCCUGUCAGACAAGGUGGCCAAUGGCGGGGUCAGCAUGUGGUGCGAGCUGGCCCAGGGGAACUUCUUCGACGAAUUUCAAAUGGAAGGCGUCGCAGCGGAUCACAAUGAAAUCUAUUUAGAGCUGACGCCGGAAAACUUAUCCAGAGCCUUGAAAACGGCCCAGAAUGCCAAAACAGUGAAGAUGAAACUGACCAACAAACACUGCCCCUGCCUCACCGUGGCGGUGGAGCUGCCAUCUUUGUCAAGCAGUAGUCGAAUUGUAACACAUGACAUUCCUGUAGGGGUUAUUCCCAGAAAAUUAUGGACUGAUUUCAGAGAGCCCACCGUACCUGACUUUGACGUUAGUAUAUAUUUGCCAGUAUUGAAGACUAUGAAGAGUGUAGUGGAAAGAAUGAAAAACAUCAGCAAUCAUGUUGUUAUUGAAGCAAAUCUAAAAGGAGAAAUGAACUUGAAAAUAGAAACUGAUUUAGUAUGUAUUACAACACAUUUUAAAGAUCUUGGAAAUCCUUCAUGGGCCUCUGAAGAUGCUUCUCAAGAUAGAGAUUCAGAGAACAUGGCCGAAGCACGAAUAGAUAUUAAGAAGCUUCUACAGUUUCUUGCAGGACAGCAAGUAAACCCAACAAAAGCAUUAUGUAAUAUUGUGCAUAACCGGAUUGUUCACUUUAUUUUGCUACAUGAGGAUGUUUCCCUUCAGUAUUUCAUUCCCGCAUUGUCAUAGGAAUUCAGCUGUGCAAGAGUUUUUGACAAUCCAAAGACUUUUUUUCAAAAUUGAAAAAAAUGAUGGGUUGGUGUGUUGUAAGCCUUUGGGCUGUAUCCUCACCGUGGUACACGUCAUGUAAAAGGAACUUUUCCUUUUUUUCUUUUAUAAUAUGUUCAUAGGAUGGCCAUUAGUAAGACACAAUUGGAUAAGCUAUGUCUUUGUUUUUUUGUGGUUUCUGUAUUUUACCUUUAAGAAAUUGAAAAAGGAAAUUACAAUUUUGAGUACUGAAUUUAACCAUUUUCUGAUUGCUGAUAAAUGAAAACUUUAACAAACAUUAUGCAUACGUGUACAUCAAAGGUUUAGAAGAACAGUGUCUUUUCAAUUUUACCUAAGAAGGCACUUUCUGAUGAGGAUAGCAGUCUUUCUGUAAGACAUUUGUCAUUUCUUGAAGCAGACAUUCAGAAGAUUCGAAUCUGGGUAUACAGCUGUCUCUUUGUGGGAACUGUCAAAUAGAAGGGAGAAAAAGUACUUCCUAUCUUUGUGCUGUGCCUGGAGUAAGGAAAGUGUUGCUAAGAAUGAUUCUCUGGAUUACCACAAAUAAGUUCUAGAGCUAAUUGUCAAAGUACUCCUGAACCUGACCCUGGUGAAGUUAAUUCUCUAAUCUAGGAUUUUCACUUGAGAAGGUUUCCUCUUAUGUUUGAUGGCAUGAGCAUGGGGACCAUUUUUGCAUUUAGUUUUUAGAAGUUUUUCCAAAGUAAAUACCACAAAGUCCCCUUGAAUCUUAUACAAGUUGUAAGGCUUCAGGAAUGAUUAUGCAAUUUGUGGCAUGGAUUUUUUUUAUUCAUUAAUUUUCUUUUGAGACCUAUCCAGAAGAAAAAAAAAUUCCAAAAUGGUAUUUUAAGUUUACAAAUUUAAGUUUCUCUUUACGUACCAAAUUCAGUACAGGUGCAGAUUGGUAAGCUUUCUCUUUUUUAUUCAGAUAUCAUUCAUUAAAUUUCCCGUCACAUUUUAAUUUCAGAGACUCUGUACUGAAGUUGUGGAUGAUUUAAGCAGUAGAUAGAACAUAACUUGCUUAUGUUUAUCUUUUACACCAACUUGAAGAAUAAAAAAAAAUUGAUUUAACUAUCAAAUACAAUAUGUAAAUGAGAUUUCAACAGAAAAUUAAAAUUUUCCAUGCUUAUCCUUUUCAUAUCAUUUUACCAAAUCUCAGCAGCACCUAUUAAAAUUUUAUAGUACUUGAUAUUCUGUUAAACUAACACCUUGAAUUCAAAAAGAUCUAUUAGAUUUUUUCCUUGCAGUUCUGUUGUUAUAUAUAGAAAUCUAAAAUUACACUAUAAAAAUGUGUCUGAAAGACUUUGUAGACUUGUGUUUAUAGAUUUUAUCAGUCUCAGAUUUUAAAUGUAAAAGAUAUUUAUAAAGCUUUAUUUUUUUUAAAUAAAAUUUUCCACUCAUAA